UAAUAGUUACGCUUCCUUCGAGCUUUAAGCAUUACCGUUACGGUUGUUUAGCAAGAGAAGCCACACUCAGUAAACGUUCUCCUCAUGCCACAACGCAACCACUCCCGUUUACCUACUCAUCAUGCAAUCAUAACGGUGCUAAGAGACGCAAGAAAGCUCCACUAUUAAUCUCUAACGGAGAGCUCAACAUACCACAAGAUACUACAGAUUCUGAUGUUUCCUCGGUUAAUGGAUCACUCAAUGAAGUAUUACAAAUUGCUCUACCACAAUAUUCUGGUUCAGAUUUAUGUGAUCCUUGGUAUAUGCCUUGUGGUGAACACAUUAAUCAUCAAGCUCCUCCUACAUACGCUGCCUCCUCCGAGCUCGUGUUUGCUCCUCAAAGUUUCUUUGCCAAUUUUGGGCCUAUUCCAAUUUCUUAUCCGCCGAUCGAUGAAGGAUUGGAUUUAGAGGAAUUGACUAACAACUUCAAGCAGUAUGAGCUAUGGGGUGGUCCACAAGAAAACAACAACCUAGACGAUGUUAAUACUAUUGAUGGAUCUUCUUACGUGAUCUCACGAAGUCCGUUUGAUCCUAUCGGGAGACCUUGCAAUCCGUUUGGCCCUAUUGAACGACCCUUGCCGCAUCUUCCUUCUAGUUGUGAACUGGCAGAUUUGGGAUUUGUGUAAAAUUCAUGUUUUAUGUGUGUGUUUUGUCUCAUGAACUUAACUUUUGGUACUUUGUAUUUUCUAGAUGAGAAUCUUGUUUUUUUUUUUUUGCUUUCCUGUAGAAUCUUGGUUUACAGAAUCAAACACCAAUACAGCUGCAGAGACCACUUUUUGUUUUUGUUGCAUCAUCAAAUGUAUGUUUUAUACAAAACUAUAGUGAGAGUGUAUAGAUCUCAUGUAUGUUCUGCUUACUUAGAGCACACAUGUACGACAACUGAGAAGAUCAUCUCAUACAUGUAUGACCGCCAAAAAAACUGUCGAUACAUUGGGGUGGUCUUAAUUAAAUAACACAAGCAAAAAAUCGAAUAACAAAGGUUUCUAUUGAGAUGAACCAGUAACAGCAGCGUCAGCAGAUUGCUGAGAAGAGGAUCCUGAUUGUGCACCAAACACAGAGUCAGGUGAUGGAGCAGAGACUGAGCUUGUAGGAGAAGGAGGCUUAAUAAUCGGUACAUAUACAUACAAAACAGAAACAUCAAAGCUCAGAGAUAUUUCUCAUCAAGUAAACACCUUUGGCUGAGAUUAUCUAUUCUUGUUGGCAUUCUCUAUCCUUUUCAGGCUCUAAAAUGCUGCUGGUCUCAAAGAAGUUAAAGGAGCUAAAAAGUAUAAUCAGGACGUUCAGUAAAGAAAACUAUUCAGACUUAGAGAAGAGAGUUGCUGAGUCAUUUUCUAUAUUAAACCAUCUUUAAUUCGUUGAGGAUAUUAAACACCUUUUGAACUUUGUAACUCUAACCAAAGUUAUCAAAGUUCUUUAUUCUCACAGAUUAAAGCUUUUCUAUAUUUCGUGUGUCGAGUUUUUUUGGUCUAAAUCUAGGUUUGUGAUUUUUUAUGUUUAUGUGUAUGCA